AUGAACUUUCAGGCAAAUGAGUUUCUCAACGACUUAAACCUUGAUUUUGAUCAAUCACCAGCACUUAGUGAUGGAAUGAGUCACAGCGACUUGGACUUGUUCUCGCAAGCCGAAUUCUUCGACUUGGACGCAUUCUCCAAGUUGAAGCCUGUGACUCAAGUCGCUGGUCAAGUACCCGCAGGGCAACACCACCACGUUGCGUCGGUCAAAUCCGAGCCGGACUUAUCGCUUGACUUUUUGAACUUGCCAGAACACGACACUGGCAGCCCAGUUCAAGAAGCUGCAUCACCUGUUAGUUCUUCUGCCACUCAAGACAAGAGAAAGAGGAAUACCGCCGCUUCUGCUCGUUUCAGAAUCAAGAAGAAGAUGAAGGAGCAAGAAAUGGAAAAGAAGUCGAAGGAAUUACAAGAAAGACUCACCGCUUUGGAGAAGAAAUUGAAGACCUUGGAGAUGGAAAACAAGUGCUUGAAGAACUUGAUUUUGGAACAAAACGAACAAAAGAACAGCGAGUUGUUGGAGUCCAUCAAGAGAAGGUCCAUUUUGGAUUCAAAGCCGGUAUUUCAAUUUACCAACUAG